AUGUUUUUAUUAAUUAUUUUUAAAUUAAAGUUAUUUUCUGAUUUAUUUACUCGAUAUUUGUGUUGCUGUUUUACAAGAUUAUCGGGUAAAAAACAACAAGGAUUAGAAGAAUUGGCAGCUUUGAAGCGAGAACAAGAACGUGUUCGAACAUCAAACCGAACAUUCAUUGGGCUUUCAUUGGCAACCACAAGCCCUUCAAAUAUAUUGCUCAAACAGGUUGGAUUCGAUGGAAAUAUGGUUGAAUAUGAUACACAAAGAAAACAAUUUGUUUCUGCCAGUAUAGCAAUUCCAGAGUCAAUUUUAGAAAUUGAGGAUAUUGAUUAUAAAGAAAGUGAAGAAGAGGAGGAAGAUAAAAUAGAAAGAAGUAAAAGGGAAUCACAAAAAUCAAAAAAAUCUAACAAGAAAUUACAUUUAAAAGAUGCUCAAUAA